AUGUGUAAUUUCCUGCCGAGUCAGCCCGGACUGGUUGCCCCACACGGGCGGGCCGUACCCGGUCUUCCGAACGCCCCACUUAUCCGGCCAACCGCCCGGUGGCCGACCGACCAUACCCUGAGACACACAAACCCAGGUCUGGCCAGGAGAAGGCGUUUCAACACGUGCAGCGAGCAAAACCAGAUCCCAUUCACUUCCCGCAGCGCGGCAGCGGGAUUGAAAAGCAGGGAGCCGGAUCUCGCGCCGCGCCACAGCGAUGCCGCAACCCUUGCCGGCCGCGAACACAUGGAAACCGUCCGACGGAUAAUCACCCGCACAGUAACCCAGAACAGCCGCCAACCAGCACCCACAAGAGACAGCAACGACCGCGACGACGACAACGACGACGAAGAAGACACAACCAACCGCCGACCAACCCGCGACUCCACCACCACAACAACAACAACCACCACCACCACCACCACCAACCAAACCUCACCCCAAACCAGCCCAACAAGCAACAGCCUCUCCGCCGGCACCGCAGCCGGAAUCACUGCCGCCGCCGUUGCAGGAGUGGCCAUCAUCGCGGCCAUCGCCUUCCUCUUAUGGCGACGACGGCAAGGCGGGAUCCGCGGCGCGGUCGUCACGGGCGACUACCCGCGAAGUAUGGGUGGGGGGAGUCGGGGCCGUGGUAUGGAGGAAGGGGGAGAAGGGGGGAGCGAAGAUGCUUCCGCCGCCGCCACCGCCGCCGCCUCCUAA